GGAAGGCCGGAAGCGGUUUCGCCCAAUGGGAAGGCGUCGGGGGUUGGCUCGGGGAGCCACAUGUUCGCCGGAGAAGCUGAGGUGUCUUGGGUAGCAUGGCGGCCGCGGGUCCGAAAAGGAGACCGCAAAGGCAGCGAGGCGCUUCUGCUUCGGCCACGGCGCCCGGGCGCAAAAGGCGAAAGGUCCCAGCUGGCGAAGAAAAAGCUUGGCAGAAAGCUGGCUCCAAGUUGAAUGAAGAGAUCUCCAGUGAUUCUGAACCAGAUGUCCCAGCAAAGAACAAUGAAGCAGAAGAAGAAAUUGAAGAGACGCCACAAGAGAAGAAACUGAGAUUAGCAAAGGUAUAUUUGGAACAGCUUCGCCAACAAGAGGAAGAAAAGGCUGAACAAGAGGCUUUUGAGAAAGACCUGGUUGCUGGGCGACUGAAGGAAGAUGUGCUUGAACAGAAAGGAAAAUUGCAGCGACAAAUUGCCAAUAGUUUGCAGCCUCCAGACAGAUCUGACAUCAAGGUACUACGAGGUCACCAGCUGCCCAUCACCUGCCUAGUCAUCUCACCAGAUGACAAGUUUGUUUUCUCUGCAGCCAAAGACUGUUCUAUCAUCAAAUGGGAUGUUGAGAGUGGAAAAAAGCUCCAUGUGAUUCACGGAGGAAAAAAGGGGACAGAAGACAGCCAUGUUGGGCAUACUGCGCACAUCAUCUCAAUGGCCAUCUCAUCAGAUGGCAAAUUCCUGGCUACAGGUGACAGGAACAAACUCAUUAUGAUCUGGGAAGCUGCAAACUGCAGACACCUGUACAAGUUCACAGGCCAUCGUGAUACUGUGUCGGGCCUGUCUUUCCGCAAGGGCACUCACCAGUUGUACAGCACCUCCCAUGACCGUUCAGUCAAAGUAUGGAACGUGGCAGAGAAUGCAUAUGUUGAAACUUUGUUUGGUCAUCAAGAUGCGAUCACAGGCCUAGAUAGCCUGAGCCGGGAGUGCUGUGUCACAUCAGGAGGGAGAGAUGGCACUGUCAGAAUCUGGAAAAUCCCUGAGGAAUCCCAGCUUGUGUUUUAUGGGCACCAGGGUUCAAUUGACUGCAUCCAGCUCAUCAAUGAGGAGCACAUGGUGUCUGGUGCAGAUGAUGGGUCAGUUGCCCUCUGGGGUCUCUCCAAAAAGAAACCACUAACAAUAGUGAAGCAAGCCCACGGUUCUCAUGGCACGCAGGGCCUGGAACAGCCAUUCUGGAUUUCUUCAGUUGCUGCUUUACUGAACAGUGACCUCACAGCUACAGGUUCCCACAGUGGCAGUGUAAAGUUGUGGAAAUGUGGAGAAGGAUUCCGGAAGUUGGAGGUCCUCUUGGAGAUUCCCUUGAUUGGUUUUGUUAAUAGCUUGAAAUUUGCAAAUUCUGGAAACUUCCUAGUUGCUGGAAUUGGACAGGAACACAGGUUGGGUCGUUGGUGGAGGAUUAAAGAGGCCAAGAAUAGCAUCUGCAUUAUCCCACUCAAGAAGACCACAGCAGGCAAUUCACAGAAAUCGGCUGAAGGCUCGUAAUGCUUUCUUUCUGCAAGUAGUAUUGCAGACAUUUAAUGAAUUACCCUUUAUAUUAAAGCUAUCUUUUGUGUUUCUAGAA